CUCACACACCUAAGGGUCAUUGUUUACAUCCAUCCAUACGUGCCAUUUGUGCCUGUAUGGUUCUGCUCCCUGACAGUGUGGCACAGCCAUAGAAGACAGAGGAACAAACAUCCCACCACAGUUUUUUCUUCCACUUCUGUUCGACAGCAUUCUCCUUGAAGCCUCAGCACCUGCUCCACAGAGAAGAUCUCAUCUGAACAGCCACCUUGCGGAUUUGUAGCAAAAAAUAAUUCCUCUUUAGAUAUUCCAGAACCAGCUGCCACCAUUUCACCUCCAACAGUCAUGUACAGCUCCAGCUACUCCCGGGCCAAGUUUGGCCUGGAGGCGAGGGAGCCCCUGCACAAGCCCAGAGGGAAGAGCUGCAGCUACUACAUGAGGACCGUCUUCUUGUUCUCCUCUCUGAUCCAGUCUCUGAUUAUCGUCAGCCUUGUGCUCUUCCUCAUCUAUGGACAGCCAGAGAAGUCUGCGGAGGAGAGGAGGGUUGAGGAGCUGGAGUUGAACAUCAACACGCUGAGUGACAACAUCAUCCAGCUGAGAAAGGAGAAAGGCGAGCUGGGAGCUCAGCUGGGAGCUCGUACAGCUGAGAAAGCUGCUGUGGAGGCAGAGUUGGCGAAGCUGAAGACUGAUGCCAACAACACAGAGUAUACACUCAACGAUAAAUUAUCUAACUGUGAGAGAAUGAAAGCAGCAACAAUGAGCAUGAUGGCGGCGCGGCGUCCCACCCCUCCAAUCCAGCCCCCUCCUGUGGUCACUACAAGCGGUGAGAUGAAGACUUUGCAGACCCUCAAUGCUCAGCAGAGAGCUAUGAUAAACCUCAUCGGGGCAAACUUCACCCAGACAGUUCAGUACCUGAGCCAGGAGAGAGACAACGCCCUCAAAGACCGAGACACACACCACCAGGACGCUAUCGCCCUGCGCAGGGAGAACACCAUGCUGAAGGAGCAGCUCACCACCUACACCAGGAAAUGCAAAGAGGACUUUGCCCAGUCUUUGGACGGGAUCAAAACGGUGACCAGUGGUUUCCUGAACAAGAUCAACAAUCUGUUUCCCCACCAGCUGACCUUUCACCUCACCUGCGACAGCCAACAGGAGCAGAUGGAGAAGAUCAGAAACAGCUGCACGAACCUGUCCAGAGACGUGGAGAAUAAGUUCCAGCUGUACUUAGACAACGUGGGCAACAAGGUGGCGGAGAUCCAAGCCUUGUCCAGUCGUCUGGAGGUGCAAAACGCACAUUUGACUUCUGACAUGCAGCAGUGUGAACGCAGUCGCAGUGAGACGACUGCCGAGGCUGCCAAGCAGCUAGAGCUCAAGCAAAAGGCUCAUGACGACAAGGUGGAGAAAUUACUGAUUGAGCAGAACUGGCUGAGAGACCAGAAGAAGCUGGCAGAAGACACUUUGGCCCUGAGAGAAAGAGAGCUUCAGACCCUCCAACGAAUGCUCCCUGCUCAGCCCAGUUUCAAGUCUGCCGUUCCUAAACCUGCCGCCCUACAAGCCUCUUUUGGAGCACCUGGCAUCAGCAAACCUCCAACGGUGAGAUGAAAUGAAGCGGCAGAGUAAUAACUGAAGACAGGAGUGGUGCGUCACAGGGAUUGACAUUUUGCCUUUAAAGAUUUUUUUUUUCAAAGAACAUGUAUAUAUCGCUGAUACAACACACUUUCACAUAACCUGUAAAUACUCUGUGUUCACGUUAAUGACAUAUUCACUGUUGCUGCUCUGUGCAUGCUUUGUUAAGCUCUUUGUGGAAUAGAAAAUUAAUUAUUAUUUUACUUUUGUUUGAGUUUAAACACGUGCUGUGAAAAGUCUGGGUAUCUUCCAGGGUAAAUGUACAAAUUUCCAUGACACUGGUGUAAAUAUUUUUAUUUAAUGUCACUCACUGUUCUGUAGUUAUGAAAAUCUGUUAUUUGGAAUUAAAAUUAAAUUAACCAAAAA